UCUGGCUCAGCUGUUGGUUUCAUUCUUGCCUAAACCAAUACAUUGCUAAACCACUAACAUGAGAAUUAUCAGAAUUGAGAACGAGGCAGACUUUGAUAGUACCAUCAAAGCCACUGUUGCCGAAGCCAGUGGCCGAGUGUUUGUCCUGCUUUUUGGUACUGAAGCUCCCGCUACUGGACAGUCCUGGUGCUCUGAUUGCGUAAUUGCUGAUCCUCUGAUUCGCAAAAGCAUUGCCAAGAUCUCUGAUGCGGUCUUGAUUGAGGCACCUGCUGGCUCUCGUGGUGCAGAGUAUCGGUCAAGCAAGUAUCACGAUCACCCAGAUAUCAAAUUGAUGGCAGUUCCAACACUCAUUGAAUGGGGAAAACAAGGCCCACUUAAGCGACUUGUGGAGGAAGAUUGUGCUAGACAAGAUUUGCUGGAUGCUUUUUGCCAGUGAUUUGAAAGCAUACGAGUAAAAAUAGCUUGAUUAAAAAUCUUAUAUGAUUGCUAAACAGCAAUCAACCGACUAAUGAAGCCAUUUGGUCUGAAUAAAUCGAGACAUUAUGUGUUA